GGUCAUGAGUCACGUGGGUCGUGCGCUUCCGGUCACGUGGGAGGCGCUGACGGAAGUGGGUGCCAGGCACCGGGCGGAAGUAGGGUGGUGGCGGCGGCGGGACGGACCGGGAGCCAUGGAGGAUCCCGGUCCCGGUCCCGGUCCGACGGCAGAGAGCCCGGUGGAGCUGAGCCCCCCGGGGCUGGAAGGGGAGCCCCACCAUGGGGCCUACACCACCUUUAUGAAGUCCCACCGCUGUUACGACCUGAUCCCCACCAGCUCCAAGCUGGUCGUCUUCGACACUUCCCUGCAGGUGAAGAAGGCUUUCUUUGCACUGGUCACCAACGGCGUGCGGGCUGCCCCGCUGUGGGACAGCAAGAAGCAAAGCUUCGUGGGCAUGCUGACUAUCACCGACUUCAUCAACAUCUUGCACCGCUACUAUAAGUCACCCAUGGUGCAGAUCUACGAGCUGGAGGAGCACAAAAUCGAGACGUGGAGAGAGGUCUACCUACAAGACUCCUUCAAGCCGCUGGUCUGCAUUUCCCCCAACGCCAGCCUCUUUGACGCUGUCUCCUCCCUGAUCCGGAACAAGAUCCACCGCUUGCCCGUCAUCGACCCCGAUUCGGGGAACACGCUCUACAUCCUCACCCACAAACGCAUCCUCAAGUUCCUCAAACUCUUUAUAGCAGAGGUCCCAAAGCCCGAGUUCAUGGCCAAGACGCUGGAGGAGCUGCGGAUCGGCACCUACAACAACAUCGCCGUGGUGCGGACCAGCACCCCCAUCUACGUGGCGCUGGGCAUCUUCGUGCAGCACCGCGUGUCUGCUCUGCCGGUCGUCGAUGAGUCGGGGCGGGUGGUGGAUAUCUACUCCAAAUUCGACGUUAUUAACCUGGCAGCCGAGAAGACGUACAACAACCUGGACGUGACGGUGACGCGGGCACUGCAGCAUCGCUCCCACUACUUCGAGGGCGUCCUCAAGUGUUACAAGCACGAGACGCUGGAAACCAUCAUCAACCGCCUGGUAGAGGCCGAGGUUCACCGGCUGGUGGUGGUGGACGAGAGCGACGUGGUCAAGGGGAUUGUCUCUCUCUCGGACAUACUGCAAGCCCUGGUCCUCCCGCAGGGCCCCUGAGGCAGUGAAGGGGGGGGGGGAUUCAGCCCCUCCUGGUGCCCCCGUCCUCCUCUCCUGCCACACCGUGCCCCCCCAGGCUGGUGGGGAUGCCCGGGGUGGGGACCCCACUCACCAGCAGCGUCCAGCAAUAAUCUCCAGCCGUGGGGUAGCCCCACACCGCCCCAGCUCUUCCUCGGGCGGGGAGAGCCCGCGGCUCCCCCCGCGCCGCACCCUGCGCCCCAAGGCCGUGUUGGCCGGGCUGGCGGGGUGUUGGGGGCAGCCCCUGACCCCCCCCCGGGGUGCAGGGCCGGGUUCAGCCACCUCCGGGCCAGGGCCAUUCCCUGUGUGGACCCUCGUCCUCCUCACCCCACGCCCCACUCCCUCACCCCACCCCGCUACGGGGUUUCACUGAGUUUGGUUUUAAUCGCCCUCACUCAGCUCCAUCUGGCCUGGGUCUGCCCCCCCCCCGGGCUUCCCCCCACCUUUCCACGGCCACGCUCCCCGCCGGGCCGCGUCUGCACCCGCCACCGCUUCGUGUGUGGAGAAAAAUGGCGAAUAAACACAGACCUGGCACAAA